AUGGCUGGCGACACUGAUUCUGAGGGCACCUUCUGCUGUGGUUUGCCUAACCCCUUCAACGUCUUCAAGAAGAAAACCGAGGAGCCUGAUCCCAUCCGCCAGGCUGUUGAUGAGAACAAUGUCGAGCAUCGCCGCAACCGAGUUCUCAUCGACGACGAGGGUCACCCAAUCGAUAACCAGGGCCGACCCAUCCAGGGGUCGAUUCUCCACCACCGCGAAGAGGUAGGUGGUGAUACUCCACGCAUUGCAUCCCUCCUGGCUCCUCCUGCUAACCUCUAUGGCCAGGCUAUCCCGAUGGAUGUCCUGACCCCUCCCUCAUCUGCUGGUGGUGCUUCCGGUGCCGGUGCCGGUCCUGCUCCUGCUGGUGCUUUCGGCGGUGGUUCUGCUGCCGGUCCUGCUCGUGGUGGCUCUCGUCCUAUCAGUGUUUUCGUUGGUGGUCAAUUUGCUGCCGGCCCUCAUCCUGCUGGUGUUCCCGGCGAUGGCCCUUCUUCUGCCUCCGAGGCGCCUGUCUCCAAGGGUAAGGAAACCAACGUGGCCGCCGAGAAGCAGGAUGCUGGCGGCGGCAACAUUGCCGCCGCAGCCAACCUCAUCUAG